CCUUGAGCAGAUGGGGUUUUUCCCACGGGGGGGCCGCACGCCGGGGGGGGGGAGUGGCACCUUGGGGCGUCCCCUCCCUCGCCACCGAUAUAUGCAGGUGCCGGUGGCGGGGCUGGGGCCAAGCAGCGAUGGCGGUGCUGAUGCUGGCGGCGGUGCUGGUGGCGGUGCUGGCGGGGGCCGGGGCCCAGUGCCCGACGCCGGCCGACCUGCGGGUGGUCAACGGCACCCGCAUCUGCGCCGAGCUCUUCACCGACGACAGCCCCUACUACGACAUGUGCUGCGGGGGAAAGUCCCUGAUUGUGGACUGCGGCGCCGACGUGCCCUACGUGCCCUGGGAGUGGUCGGGCAGCAUCUCCUCGCUGGUGGUGGGCACCCGCUGCCAGCUGACCGUCUGGUCCCGCGCCGGCAAGAACGGCAAGAUGAAGACGUUCGGGACGGGCGCGGUGCCACGGCUGCAGGAGGUGCGGCGGGGGCUCUUCAGCAACUGGAACAACGCCAUCAGGGGCUACUACUGCCAGUGCAACUGAGGCGGGCGGCGUGGGGCAGCGCAGGGCAGCACGGGGCACCGUGGGGCAGCAAGAGUCAACACGGAUCAACGCUGGCCAAGGCACGCCAACGCAAGUCAACACUGGCCGACACACGUCAACAUGAGUCUAUGCGAGCCAACGUGGGCCAACACACGUCAACCUUAGUUAGCAGAAGUCAACGCUGGCCAACAAACAUCAGCGUGAGGCUACACGAGUCAACAGUGGCCACCGCACGUCACCACGAGUCAACGCUGGCCACCGCACGUCAACGCGAUUCAACGUGGGCCAACACAAGUCAACACAGGCCACCGCAUGUCAACGCAAGUCAGUGCGGGCCACCGCUGAUGGAGGUGGGCUGACCCAGCUGUCCCACGCUGCCAGGCCCCCCCUCAAGCCCCCCGACCUCGUCCAGCUCUCAGCACGGCCAAUAAAGCCCUGAGGAUGUGCA